CGGCUCCGCCCCCCCUUCGUUCGUUCAGUCAGUCAGUCAGUCGGUGCUCGCUAGGAGGUUCGCCUGUGUCUGUUCGGUCCGUUACGUGGUCCGGUGAACAAUUUUUCCCCCCCUCUCUGUUUCUGACAGGCCGCGGAGCUUCUGUUCCUAUCAUGCCGGACCGCAGACCUUUCGAGCGGCUCCCCACAGACGUGAGGCCCGUCAACUAUGGGCUGUGUCUCAAGCCCGAUCUCAUAGACUUCACCUUCGAGGGGAAACUGGAGGCCGCUGUGGAGGUGAAGAAUGCCACAAAUCAGAUUGUCAUGAACUGCGCAGACAUUGACAUCAUCACUGCUUCGUAUGCUCCAGAAGGAGAUGAAGAAGUCCAUGCCACAGGUUUUAACUAUCAGAAUGAAGAUGAGAAAGUGACUCUGUCCUUCCCCAGUACUUUGCAAAAGGGUACUGGGAUGCUGAAGAUUGAUUUUGUUGGGGAGCUGAAUGAUAAAAUGAAAGGAUUCUAUCGCAGUAAAUAUUCCACGGCUGCUGGAGAAGUGCGCUAUGCUGCAGUCACGCAGUUUGAGGCCACAGACGCACGCAGAGCUUUCCCCUGCUGGGAUGAACCGGCUAUCAAGGCAACCUUUGACAUUAUUCUGAUUGUCCCCAAAGAUCGAGUAGCUUUGUCAAACAUGAACCUAGUUGAACGGAAGCCAUAUCCAGAUGAUGAGAACCUGGUGGAAGUGAAAUUUGCACGCACCCCUGUAAUGUCUACCUAUCUCGUGGCCUUUGUGGUGGGAGAGUACGACUUUGUAGAGACGCGAUCUGCUGACGGAGUGCUGGUCCGAGUUUAUACACCAGUCGGAAAAGCAGAGCAAGGGAAAUUCGCCUUGGAGGUUGCUGCUAAAACUCUGCCUUUCUAUAAGGAUUACUUCAAUGUUCCCUACCCCCUUCCCAAGAUUGACCUCAUCGCAAUUGCAGACUUUGCAGCUGGAGCCAUGGAAAACUGGGGCCUGGUCACCUACAGGGAAACUGCUCUGCUUAUUGAUCCCAAGAACUCCUGCUCUUCCUCUCGCCAGUGGGUGGCACUAGUGGUGGGACAUGAACUGGCUCACCAGUGGUUUGGGAACCUAGUUACUAUGGAAUGGUGGACCCACUUGUGGCUAAAUGAAGGAUUUGCCUCCUGGAUUGAAUAUCUGUGUGUGGACCAUUGCUUCCCAGAGUAUGAUAUAUGGACGCAGUUUGUUUCUGCUGAUUACACUCGUGCUCAAGAACUGGAUGCACUGGAAAAUAGCCACCCAAUCGAGGUCAGUGUGGGCCAUCCUUCUGAAGUGGAUGAAAUAUUCGAUGCCAUAUCCUACAGCAAAGGAGCAUCUGUUAUCCGCAUGCUACACGAUUAUAUUGGGGAUGAGGACUUCCGUAAAGGCAUGAACCAAUACCUUACCAAAUUCCAGGAGAAGAAUGCUGCCACAGAGGACCUAUGGGAGUCUCUUGAGCAAGCCAGUGGGAAGCCAAUCGCUGAUGUAAUGAGUACGUGGACCAAGCAGAUGGGUUUCCCAUUACUCUAUGUGGAAUCGGAGCAGAAAGAAGACACGCAUAUAUUAAAGUUGUCUCAAAAGAAGUUCUGUGCCAGUGGGCCACAUAAUGGUGAGGAGAGCCCCCUUUGGAUGGUACCGAUCAGCAUCUGCACCAGUGAAUCCCCGGCAUCCGCUAAAUUGAGAUUACUAAUGGACAAGCCAGAGAUGACUGUUGCUCUAGAAGGUGUGACCUCAGACCAGUGGGUUAAGUUAAAUCCGGGGACAGUUGGUUUCUACCGCACCCAGUACAGCCCUUCUAUGCUGGAAAGUUUGUUGCCUGGUAUUAGAGAUCUCUCCCUUCAGCCAGUGGACCGGCUAGGCCUGCAGAAUGAUCUGUUCUCCAUGGCGCGAGCAGGCAUCAUCAGCACGGUUGAAGUCCUUAAAGUCAUGGAGGCCUUUGUGAAUGAACCUAAUUACACUGUAUGGAGCGACUUGAGCUGUAAUCUAGGGAUCCUGUCCACACUCUUAUCUCACACAGAGUUCCACGAGGAGAUUCAGGGUUUCAUCAGAGAUGUCUUCUCACCGAUUGGACAACGCUUAGGCUGGGACCCCAAACCUGGGGAGGGACACUUGGAUGCACUUCUGAGGGGCCUAGUUUUGGGGAAGCUGGGAAAGGCUGGUCAUAAAGCGACUCUGGAAGAAGCACGUCGUAGAUUUAAGGACCAUGUAGAAGGAAAGAACUUGUUAAGUGCUGACCUUAGGAGCCCGGUUUAUGUGACUGUUCUGAAACAUGGAGAUGCCACAACUUUGGAUACCAUGCUGAAGCUCCACAAGCAAGCUGACAUGCAGGAGGAAAGGAACCGAAUCGAACGGGUUCUAGGAGCCAUUUCUUCCCCGGAGUUAAUCCAGAAGGUGUUAAGCUUUUCACUUUCGGAAGAGGUACGUCCUCAGGACACAGUGUCUGUAAUUGGAGGUGUUGCUGGAGCCAGCAAGCUUGGCAGAAAAUCUGCAUGGACCUUUGUGAAGGAAAAUUGGGAGGAACUACAUAACCGGUACCAAGGUGGCUUCCUUAUCGCACGACUCAUAAAACUUUCUGUCGAUGGCUUUGCUAGUGAGAAAAUGGCUGCCGAGGUUAAGGCAUUCUUUGAUUCUCAUCCAGCGCCCUCUGCUGAGCGUACAGUGCAACAGUGCUGUGAAAAUAUCCUACUGAAUGCUGCCUGGCUGAAGAGAGAUGCAGAUGCUAUGCAUCAGUAUCUAUUGCUGCGCAAGUCACCCUCCUCGACAGUGUGAUUGUUCGCAGUGAUUCCCAUCCGCCUGCUCUCUCACCGCCCCAACAGGCUAAACCCUAGGUCCCCUGCUAUGGGAGGCUAUGUACCUGUCCUCCCUAUCCCUCAACACCCUUUCCACACUCUGGGAAGCUGGUGCAAAAAAAUAAAUAAAUAAUGAAAGCUCCCAUUUGAUCCUCGUUCAGUCCUCAAUCGACUCCUUAGGGAUUUUAUUAAAUUGCUCAGUCAAAUUUGUACAUAUAAUAGAAGUAGCGCCAAGCUGCUAACUGUGAAUCUCCCAGAUGUCCUUUCCGUGGAAAUUCUGCCUGAGAAUAGAAGAGAGUUUUUGUAGUGGUAGAGGUACCAAAACCAGUGUAGAGGGUUAUCCUUAAGUAAGGGGCCGCAACUUGACGAGUUAUCACAGAGAGUGCAUUAGCCAGGGCCAUUAACGGAAGGUGGCUGGGUUUAGAUGGAACUUUUUUUUUUUUUUUCCUUUAUUUUCUGGUGAGGGCUUUUCGCUUCAUGUUCGGUCCUAUAUACCUCUUGUAUUCUCCCACAUCAGAAAAUUGUAUUUGUUGGCUGCCUGUAUGUUCUGAUGUUAUACCCCUUGUUCUGAAAGGAAUAUUUAAUCAGGGGUUGUCUGCCCUCACACUAAUCUCCUGCCCACCACUCUGUACUUCUGUGGCCUGGGCCAGUACCGGAGAGGCUUGCAUUGUGGAGGCCUAUCUAGUACUGUACUGAUAAGCAUAUCUAUACUGUAGACUUCUUUUCUCACCUGUGCCGGAAGGAAUAAGGUGCAGGCACUGUACUCAUGUUCUUGAUGUUUUCUCCCCUCUUUCCUUCCCAAUUUCUAGGUUAUUCCCACAUCCUGGGUCUGUGCAGUCUAAUGGCAUAGUGGCAGGGCCGUGGGCCUUGGUUCUGAGACUUGCUUACCUGAGUCCUCUUUUGUGCUAUUGUUUUAAAACUUUAAAAAAAUUGAAUUAAAAAUUUGAAAAAAAUAGUAAUAAUAAAAAAAUGUUGGCGUUAAUAAAGACAAAAUGUGAGUGUGUAA